CCGAACGGUCUACGAAAAUGUGCGAAUUUUCCGCCCGCACUUCCGCUUCCCGCUCUUCCUCCUCCCGCUGCGCCACUACUUGUUAUUAUUUGUACUGUUAAAUCGGUAAAUCAGUGUGAUAAAAUAUUUACCACUUAAUCGUAGCCAAAUGAUUAGCGUGCAUAAAUAAAGGAGAGGAACGAGGAUAUGCAUUGCGAUUGGUAGAAGUGGUAAGCGAAUGGCACACGUGCGGAUAUGAUGAGCUUCACCAUUUCCUUGGCGCUACUGCUCCUGGCAGUUCUGAUCCUGGGCAUCCUGUUCGCCUGCCACUGUCUGGGUCCGAGGGCCGCCAACUGGAUGCGGAUGCGAUCCAGCAAGGAGGAAAAGAUCGGACUCUCUAACCACAAGCAGAAGCUCUUCCAUGCCAAUGGCUAUAUGGCCAGUAUACAAUCUGGCUCCGAGUUCCUGCUGAGCACCAGCGGCAGCUUCAAGCGCUUCGACACCAUCGACAAGGAGGACUACAAUCGCUCCCAGCAGUCGCAACAGUCGCAACAAUCGCAACAGUCGCAUCAGUCGCACCAGACGCACCUCUUCCUGAUGAACGGCGGCGGUGCGGUAUCGAUAACCGGCUCAUCCAGCGCCCUCCAGGCCACCACAGCCAUGUGGCAUCUGCCGCGUUCGGGCAUCAAGAUACCGCCACCGCCCGAUCGACCAGCACCAUCGCCGAAUAGCGCCGCAGCAGCCGGCAAAACGGUUACCUUCUCCUUGAGCCAGGUGAACGAGGUCACCCCUCCCAGCGAGCUGGUGACCACCAACGAUCAGGAGCGUCGCUCCUGCCUGCGUCAAAAUGGUGCAUCUGCUGGAGUUGGUGUGCUGCCGCAGCCGCUGGAGGCACCACCGCCGCCACGACUCACCACCUCGACGUCGGUGAACCUGUCGGGCACGGCGAUUCCCAGGCCCAUUGCCAAGCGGCAGGUGUCCCUGCAGCCGGCCAUCAAUGGCGGCGGUGGCCAGCCGGAGCAGCACGUAGUCGCCGGUGUGGUGACACCGACGGAGGGGAGGGAGGGUGAGCGGAAAGCGCCUGCCUUGAAGCGUCGCAACUCCAGCACCAAUCCCUUCCUGUGCGAGUCCACCGAGCAGCUGCCCAGUAAUCCCAUUUCCACCACUGUGGCUUCUCUGGAAAGUAGCAACAUUUCUGCAAGUGAAAGUACACCCAUCACUGCUCCUCUGAAGCCGCCAACUGCGCCUGCUGCUGCGGAUACGCCACCCAUCAGCAUCAGUCACAAUGGCAAUCCCUUCGUGGAGAGCCAGAGCCAGAGCCAAAGCCUGUCCAGCAGACUGCUGAAGCUCCACAACACAACGAAUCCAUUCACGGGCAUCUCGCAGCGCGUCAAGGGUCCGCAUCUGCUGCAGAAGACCAUCUCCGAGGAUUAUCUCUUUCGAAAGUUGGGCGUCAAUGCUCCGAUGGCCAAUGGCAAUGGUACGGGAGCAGCACCAGGAUCGGGAUCGGGAUCAGGUCAUGUGAAUGGCAAUGGCAAUGGCACUUGGUCCUUUGGACGCUCCCUGUUGCGACAGGACUCCACAUUGAGUCUGGGCAUGGGCAUGGGUUUGGGCUUGGGCAGAAGGAAUAGCUCGCAGGUGUCGCUGGAUGCAUCGCAUGCGGGUUCGAUACCUGGCUCCAUGGAUGGCAUCAAUCUGGAGAGGGCCAUCUCCUGCGAUUCGGUAACUUCGGAUUCCACUCUAUUCCUGGAUCAAUUGGAUCAGCCGUACACGCAGAUAACCGGCUAUCUAUGCGUUGGCCUUAACUACGAUCAGAUGAGCAUUAGCAACGAGGGCAUGGAACUGACUGUCAGUGUGCUGGAGGCCAAGGGACUCAUCUGUCCAUUCAGCGUCGAGUCGCUCGACACCUUUGUGCGCAUCUACUUGGUGCCCGAUCAUCCGGGCGCUAUGCAAACCAAGGUGGUCAAGGGCGCAGUGACGCCCAACUACAACGAAAGCUUCGAUUUCUGGCUGCACAAGCGACAGGCGCGUCAUUCGCUGUGGUUUCAUCUCUAUCACAACGGCCCCGCCCACACGCUUAUUGGGGAGGCGGAGAUGGAAAUUGGGGAGAUGCCACGCCCCAUCACCACAUGGAUACCGCUCUCCGAUUCGCGCAAGUGCAACGCCCGCUGGGGCGAACUAAUGUUCUCGCUCAGCUAUCUGCCCACGGCGGAGCGACUGACCAUUGUGGUGGUCAAGGCACGGAAUCUCAAGCUGGACGGCGAGCAGCCGGCGCCGGAAUCCGCGGACACGGUGCACAGCGUCUUCGUCAAGGUCUAUCUGAUGGACAAGGAUCGCAAGGUGCUGAAGAAGCGCACCUCGCUGAAGCGCAAGGAUCGCAGUCCGAUCUUCAACGAAUCGAUGAUCUUCAGUGUGCCGCCACCCAGUCUGACCACCACCCAGCUGCGGGUGACCGUGUUCGGUGUGACCACCAGUGGCGGUGUCACCCCAUUGGGACACAUCGUCGCCGGCAGCUGUGCGGUGGGCAAGGGCUUGCGCCACUGGCACCAGAUGCUGUCGUCGCUGAGGAAACCGGUGGCCAUGUGGCAUGUCCUGCGGCGGGCGGUCAAUCAGCCGAUAUUCACGGGCGGCGCCGAGGCGGUGGUGGCCGCCAUGCAAAACACCCUGCAACGCUCCACCGCCAAGCGGAACAGCAUCGUCUAGGAUUCUCGCGGAGAUCACAGGCGGUACAGGCGGUACUGGCGGUACAGGGCGGUACUGGCGACUCACACCAACGGCGGCUCACAUCAACGGCGAAAUUUUCCGCCUCACUGGCGCUGCAUACAACGCCCCCCUCGGUUGGUGGAAAAACUUUAGAGAGAGAAACAGAGAGUAGAACCUUGUGGAAAAUUGCAUUUACCACACUCUAGCCAAGAGACUUUCUUACUUUUCUACUGCUUACCAAGACACACACACACACAACCAGAAGUAUUAUCAAUCUGCAGCCAUGUAAUUUAAAAACUAAAAUCUAAAAUCUAAAAACUAAAAACCCGCACCAAAGGACAAACGAUCCUGUUAACUAGUAACUCGAAUAACCAAAUUUCAGCGCACUAUUGUUAUGAACCGAUCUUUAGUGAACCGAGUGCUAUAUUAUAUUAUAUCGAUCGAACAAAAGCAAAAGAGUCACACACUUGUUGCAAUUUUAUCGCCUACAGCGCGCGAAUUAAUUGUAUGGUACUUAAUAUAAGAAAUUAUUUCGAUAAGCAUAUAGAUUUUCCAUUCUGUUCAUAGAAACCUGAAGAUUGGUAACAAAAAUGAACUGUUUAUCUUACUUGGCUACAUUUCAGUGCUCAUAUUAUUUUCCCAUUCGACAAAGAUGGGAAUCAUCUGCCACUUGGCAGCUCAGAUUUCCCACUUUAACGAGCCCGAUGGAAACUGAUAGGUGGAAAUACAAUUAUUUCGCGCGCUGUAUGGCAGUGAGCCUGUUAUAUGUUAGAACUCUGUGGAUAGAUCGUUGUUGAAUUUGAAGCCCAAUCGAAAUCAAAACUCGAAACUGAGAAUCGCGAAUCGAGAAGCGGUGAGCCCUUUAAGCAUUGUGAUAUGAUAUAAUAGCAAAUGAAGUGUAUUCAGAGUGCGUCUUUGUGAAGAGCGAAGAAUCGUAACCGCAGAAAAUCAAAGUAUUUACGAUCCAUAGGCGAUCUAUAUAAUAUUAUUAUUGAUGAUAUAUGUAUGUGCUAUAUGUAAUGUUUGUACACACUUGUGAUUUGUGUUCAAUUCGUUCAAAUUUUUGUAGGGCCGCGUGUUUUGUAAUUAGAUUUAGUUGGUUCAAGGAUCAAAACUUUUUUAAACAGAAUUAUAUAUAUAAAUAUAUACACACCUAUAGUACGGACACAUAUAGAUUUCCAUUUAGAGCGAGUUUUUUAAACAGUAAAGGACAAUAACUUUGCAAGCAUUUACCAUAUGAUUCACAUGUAAAACACAAGUACUCUCGUACAUAAUUAUAAUUAUUAAACAUUUGUCAAAGUUUGCCGUUGGCCCCAAAAUUCAACCAUUAACCAGAUAUUAACAGAUUGUCCGCUCAAACCUUAUAAAUAUAGAUCGUAAUAGAACGCACUCGAAAUCACGAUUAGUCCUUGGCAGUACUUUCCUAGUCGCACCUGUAUUUUGACCAAAAAAAAACCUGGCACAUUUCUAGCUCAAGCUUUAAUCAAUGUACUCCUCAAAUAAUAGAGCUCGGUAACGUUUUUUAAAUCACACUUACUAAAUGGAUAUACAUACAAUACAUACAUGAAUACAUGCUAUAUGCAGAGGGACAGUGCGUUUCACAAUUAUGUAUAUGGAGUGAGAUAGUAGAGUGUAUUUUAUUUCGGUUCAAAGAACGCGAUUUCCCAUUUUGACACCUUUGGUGGUGGAUUCGAUUACAUAUCCUAAUUAAAAGUCGGCUGAAUUUGAAAUUAUUUGACAAUCGCCAGAAGUUGGCCAUCAUUUGGGCCGAGAUUUUUAGAAAUGUUACUUGUGAAACGUGCUGUACCACAAAUAUAUACAUACAUAUAUAUAUGUAUAUUUACACAAACAUAUAUGAAGAAGGCAUUUAAAAGGCAUUAAGUGGAAAGUCCUUUCCCUUUCCCCCCCUCCUAGUAUAUAUAAAUCGCUGAGAAAUUUUUUUCUUUUUUUUACGUACUAUUAGCUAAUGAAAUGAUAAAGCUAAACUCGUGUUGAAUUUGUAUUUAUACUGAAAUAUAUACAUAUAUAUCUAUAUAUGUACGUGCUAUAUAAGAUAAUGAAUGCUACAAAUUGUUAUACAAGUAAACCGAAAUUGAGUCAAAUAAACGAAUAAAGAUAUUAACGGAAGACA